GUCAUCAGCACGCGCCUGCUGUCUUGCUCGCGCCAUUCCUACAAGCGUGUGUAUCCAUCUCCCAUUACAUUACCAUUGUCAGAGCUUUAGCAGCCUGUGGUACAAGCACAUACUCUGUUUUUCUACUGUCAUUCUUUUAGAUAUAUCCAACUAUGGAUAUGGAUGGUGCCAGUUCAGUGGUGCUGCAGGCCUUAACCCAAGCUACCAGUCAGGACACAUCUGUGCUGAAGCCUGCGGAGGAACAGCUCCGACAGUGGGAGACCCAGCCAGGCUUCUACUCUGUCCUUCUGAAUAUCUUCAAUAACCACAUGCUGGAUGUGAACGUCAGGUGGCUGGCUGUGCUGUACUUCAAAAAUGGCAUUGACAGAUACUGGAGGAGAGUAGCGCCCCAUGCAUUAUCAGAAGAGGAGAAAACGUCAUUGCGUGCUGGUCUCAUCACAAACUUCAAUGAGCCUGUCAAUCAGAUAGCGACGCAGAUUGCAGUACUGAUAGCCAAGGUGGCCCGUCUGGACUGCCCCAGGCAAUGGCCAGAGCUCAUCCCCAUUCUGCUCGAGUCUGUGAAGGGUCAGGAUGGCUUGCAGCAGCACAGAGCGCUGCUAACCUUCUAUCAUGUCACCAAAACCCUAGCGUCCAAGCGUCUGGCGCAGGACAGACGGCUUUUCCAGGAUCUGGCGUCGGGUAUCUACAGCUUUGCAUGCUCCCUGUGGAGUCAUCACACCGACUGCUUCCUCCAGCAGAUCUACGCCAGAGAUGAGGCAACAGCGCUCAGCUCACUGGAGAGGACGCUGCUCUCCCUUAAAGUGCUUCGCAAGUUGACAGUCCAUGGAUUCCAAGAGCCACAGCAGAAUAUGGAAGUGAUGGGUUUCCUGAAUGCAGUGUUUGAAAGGCUAAAACAGUUCUUGGAGUGCUGUCGGCAGGUUGGUCCAGACAGCACAUGCAGAGAAAAGCUGGAGAAGACGAUCAUACUGUACACUAAAGUUUUGUUAGAUUUCCUGGAGUACCAUCCAUGUGCAUUUAUACCCCUAAUCCAGCGAUCCCUGGAAUUUGCCGUCAGCUACGUGUUCACACCUGCGGGGGAGGGAGUGACCUUUGAGCGCUUCAUUGUUCAGUGCAUGAACCUCAUCAAGAUGAUUGUAAAGAACGACGCCUACAAACCUGCCAAAAACAUUGAUGACAGUAAACCAGAGAGUCUGGAGGCUCACAAGAUCAAGACAGCAUUCUUCACACACCCAACACUGACGGAGAUUGGGCGCCGGCUCGUCUCACACUACUUCCUUCUCACAGAGGAAGAGCUGGCAAUGUGGGAAGAGGACCCUGAGAGCUUUGCUGUUGAAGAAACAGGUGGUGACUCUUGGAAAUACAGUCUGCGGCCUUGUACAGAAGUAUUGUUCUUGGACAUCUUCCACAACUACAGCCAGACACUGACACCGGUGCUGCUGGAUAUGGUUCAGAAUCUCCAAGGCCCAACCAAUGUGGAAGACCCGGUUCAGUUGCUACUGAAGGAUGCAGUAUACAAUGCAGUGGGACUGGCAGCCUAUGAGCUGUUUGACAACGUGGACUUUGACCAGUGGUUCAAGAAUCAGCUUCUUGGAGAGCUGCAAGUCAGCCAUCACAGGUACAAGUUGAUUCGCCGACGAGUCAUUUGGCUAAUAGGACAGUGGAUCUCUGUCAAGUUCAAAUCUGACCUUCGACCUUUACUGUACGAGGUCAUUCUGAGCCUCAUGCAGGAUCCUGAUUUAGUGGUGCGGAUUGAGACAGCUACAACCCUGAAGCUCACUGUUGAUGACUUCGAGUUCCGGACAGAGCAGUUUCUUCCAUACCUCGAGUCUAUCUUCGGGCUUCUCUUCCAGUUGUUGCAGCAGGUGACGGAGUGUGACACUAAAAUGCAGGUGCUCCAUGUCAUCUCCUGUGUCAUCGAAAGAGUCAACAUCCAGAUCCGACCGUACGUAGGCUGUCUGGUUCAGUACCUGCCCCUGCUCUGGAAGCAAUCUGAAGAACACAACAUGCUUCGAUGUGCCAUACUCACUACUCUCAUCCACCUAGUCCAGGGCCUGGGGGCAGAGAGUAAGAACCUGUACCCUUUCCUUCUUCCUGUCAUCCAGCUGAGCACCGAUGUUUCCCAGCCGCCACAUGUGUAUUUACUGGAGGAUGGGCUGGAGCUUUGGUUGGUGACUUUGGAGAACAGCCCAGCCAUCACCCCGGAGCUGCUCAGAAUUUUCCAGAACAUGUCCUCUUUGCUGGAGUUGAGCUCCGAGAACCUGCGCACCUGCUUUCAGAUCGUUAAUGCCUACUUAUACUUGUCUGCCACAGAGUUCCUGCAGAACUAUGCAGAAUCAUUGUGUCGAUUCUUCUGUGAUCUGCUGAAAGACAUCACAAAUGAGGGACAGGUCCAAGUGCUCAAGGUGGUAGAGAUAGCUUUAAAGGUUAGCCCCAUGCUGGGAGCCCACAUGUUCCAGCCCCUGCUGCCAGCUGUCUUCAGAGGUAUUGUGGAUGGUGAGAGAUAUCCCGUGGUGAUGUCGACCUACCUAGGCAUCAUGGGCCGCGUCUUGCUCCAAAACUCUAGUUUCUUCUCCUCUCUGCUCACUCAAAUGGCAUCUGAGUCCAGCCAGAAGAUGGACCAAUUGUUGGGCAGUGUGAUAGAGAUGUGGGUCGACCGCAUGGACAACAUCACUCAGCCUGAGAGGAGGAAGCUGUCGUCGCUGGCUCUGCUGUCCCUCCUACCAUCUGACAACAGUGUGAUCCAAGACAAAUUCUGUGGAAUCAUCAACAUCUCCGUUGAGGCGCUGCAUGAUGUAAUGACAGAAGAUCCAGAAACAGGCACCUUCAAAGACUGCAUGCUGAUGAGCCAUUUUGAGGAGCCCAAGCUGAGUGACGAUGAAGAGCCACCAACUGAACAGGACAAGAGGAAGAAACUGUUGGCCCUGGAGGACCCGGUGCACAGCGUCUCUCUCCAGCAGUUUGUCUAUGAGAAGCUGAAGGCACAGCAGGCCCUGAUGGGGGACCAAGGUUUCGGGGUCCUGAUGGAGACGGUGGACACAGAGCUCGUCAGGCAGCUCCAGGAGUUCCUCCAAGGCCUGUGAAUCACAUCUACAAACCUUCACUACCUUACACAAACAUCUUUGCCCAAUGCUACCCUCUACCCCUCGUUUUUGAAAAUGUACUGGGAAGGCUAACAACCUGCCCCAACGUGUGGACUCCUAAUCCAAACCUUCCCAACCUCUACCCAUCAUAUGCCUUAUCUAUAUUCAGACCUAGCCUUGUUGACUAUCUUCAGCUAUACCACCCCUUGUCCCUUUCUCUAUUAUUUGGGUUCCUUUUUAUCAAGAUGGCGUCUGAGGGUUAAGUUUCUUCUUUCUGUGGUUUUAACGUGGAAUGGGUAGGAAAUUGGACAGAUGGUAUAAAAGUUGGGAGAGCGUAUAUAGGAAAAAUCACCUGCAGGUGCCAGAGCGGGAGCCUCAGACUAUUUUCUACAGAAAAACAUACAGACUGUAGCAGAAAUGUUGAUAAACUGUACCUAAAGGACCUAAAGCAGUGUUUACAGACUCUAUUCUUAAAAAGAGAAAAAAAAGAAAUGUAAUUUUGUAUGUAUGUAAGUAUGGAUGAUAUUCUGCAUGACAAUAUUUUACUUUUUAGUUUGUUUUUACUUUGUGUUAAUUUCUCUUACAUUUUUAAAAAGGAUAAGUUUGUCAUAACCAGAGGUCAAGUUGAAGUAACUACUGAGUGAACUCGAAGGUGUUUUUCUUUCUUUUUGAGUUAGUUUAGAAGGAAUUUUUCUUGAUUGUAAAAUGGACGAUUUAUUUUGAUUUGUAUGCGUUCUGAACCACAUUUAUAUGUAUAUACAUACUGCUGCUAAUUGAUGGUGUGUUGGAGCACUUUAAUAACCAAAAACUGUUUCACAUGUCGUCUUUUUCUCAAUGGUACAUUUUCUCACAUCAUUAGACUUUAACACUUUCCUGGUUAAAUAAAAAAAAAACCACAGUGGUAGAAGGCCUUGGAGCAGUGUGGCAGGAUUGUGCAAAUUAGGUUUUAGUUGCAUUAAGACUCUCAUCUUGAAAUUUUUCCGUAUUUAAUGUGUCAGUGCUAACUUGUAGAAAAUACUGACUGCAAAAGUAACAUGCCAUUAAAUUGUGUCUUUAUUUUUUCAUUUGAAAGAAUUUAAUGAAUUCUGACCAAUGUGGCAGAAGUCACAUUGUUAGCCACUGUGACUUUCUGAGUCAAAAUACAUUGUGUUGCUGUCAUGCUGCCCUUUCAUUUUUUCUGGUUUGGCCAGUCGUUAAUGGCUUUUUAGUGGUAGAGAUGAUGCUUUGAUAUAUUUGAUUUGACAGAGGAACCAGUUUUUCCAGUAAGAAUUGAUUAUUUGGAAGUUUAGCAGACCUAAUACAUAAAAAAUAAUACAUGACUGUAUAUUGGCACUAAAGUUCCAUAAUAGUUGAAUGAAUACAUUUAAACUACUGGCAUGUGGACCUGUUUCCCACCGAAUCUGGAAACGGUGUCUAGAAGUAUAUCUGUUGUUUGUUGCCAUUUGAAACUCGUAUAGAGUCAUCUGGCUCACGCUGCCUUUAUAAUCUAUUCUUCUGGAAUUUAUGGAUUAAUAUGGUUUUAUUUGCUCUGAUUAUCUCUGUGGAGAUAAUCCUGACACUAGCUCCAUUGAUACUGUGAUAGAGUUGAGUAGCGUUCAGAAUUACGGCCUUAUGCUUCCAGCCUUACCUAUCCUUGAAACUCAAAAGACCUUUCUUACUAUUAUGUUAAUUUCUUAACUAGUUUAACAGUGGAGGAUUUCUGAACUCAUAUUCUGUUAAUGAUGGUAAUUAUGAAGUUUAGAACUCGCAGUAGAGAUGUUUUUGGGUUAUAAAUUUGGUUAUGUUUUGAUGGGAAAUAAUCCUUGUUGCUUUUUCCAAAGCCAUCAAUAAAAUGCAGUAAUCAGCCAAAA